UAAUUUUCAUUCAUUCGUCCUCGCGGCAUCGACCGUAGAAGUGUGUUUAGUGGUUAGUGUUGUGCUAAAAUGCGUUUACCUACGAUCGGACCUCUUUUGCGACAAUAUCUCGUUGUUAUUCUUGUAAACCUGUGCGUCGUAUGCACGGGGUUGGGUCUGGCGUGGCCGUCUCCGGUACUGGUGAAGCUCAGGAAUGAGACGGAGACAGUGCUCUCGCGGCCCAUGACCGACGAGGAGGGAUCGUGGAUCGUCUCCAUCGGGUUCAUCACAGGAAUCCCUCCAAACUUCCUAUCAGCAUACCUGGUGGAUAAAAUAGGUAGGAAGUACUGCAUAAUUCUGUCGUGCGUGCCGAAGAUCCUGGUGGGCCUGCUGUUCACCUUCGCCUCGGAGGUCUGGAUGCUGAUGUUGGGGCGCGCCUUGCUCGGCAUAUCGGAUGCUUUCGUCUUCACCGUUGUGCCUAUUUAUGCCUCCGAAAUUGCUAGCAAAGAGAUUCGAGGAGCUCUCGGGACGAUACUCCAGAUACUAUGCUCGUUGGGCGUGGUCAUCAUGUUGUGUAUGGGACCGUUCAUAUCCUACGUCAAUCUGAAUGUCAUCUUUACUGUCUUCACAAUAGUGUCCACAAUACCACUUAUAUUUUUACCUGAUAGCCCGUAUUUCUUGUACUCUAAAGGCAAGAACAAGGAAGCAUUCGAAGUCCUUAAAAUGCUACGAGGCACAGAGAUAUUAGCAAACGAAGAACUAAAAGAAUACGCGCUGGAAGACCACAAAGUGGACGUCAAGAUAACAGAACUAUUCAGAAACAGGAUCUUCCUGAAGUCAUUCGGGAUUGUCAUCUUCAUUGGCAUCUUGAUACAGGCGAUAGGGUUCAAUUCGAUAUCAUUCUACCUGCAAACGAUAUUGGAGUCGACGAAGACCAGCGUGAAACCGGAGGUAGCUUCGGUGAUCAUAGGAAUCAUUCAGCUGGUAGCAAGUGUUUGUACCACACUGGUCACUGAUAGGUUCGGCAGGAAGCCUAUUUUAUCCACAACUUUAGUUGGAAUGACUGUUGGAAUGAUCGGUUUGGGCGUGUUCUUCAAGUUGAAAGACUCUGGUCCAAUAAGUGGUGCUAUGAACUUCUUGCCAAUCGUAUCUUUGAUAUUAGUUGUCUUCGGAUAUAGUGCAGGCGUUGGCUCGCUAGUCUGGGUAUUGACUGCAGAACUCUUCGAGGACUCCGCGCGAGGCAUCGGGAUCUGCCUCUCCAGCGUUCUCUCUUACAUUUCCUUAUUCCUCAUGACGAAGUAUUUUGAGCAAAUGGUCACAGCCAUCGGCCCUGCAGUAACCUACUGGAUCUUCAGCGUUAACGGUGUCAUUUUCACAUUGUUUAUCCUGUUUUGCAUUCCUGAGACGAAGGGGAAGAGUUUCUCCGAAAUCCAGAUUGCUCUGGGCGCUAAAGAUAGGAAUAUAGCAGAGGAAAAGACUAAAUGUUGAGCUAUUCGGCCUAGAUUUUUUGAGUUUGUUAGUAUCUAUCUUAGGAACCGCUUGCACAUGAUUAAAAUGCUACUGAAAUUAAUCGCGUGAAAUGAAGACACUGCAUAGUUGAUGUGUUUGACUGCGUGUUUGUUCCAAAAUGCGAUACGGUUUUGCAAGCGAUUGCCAACAGAAAUAUCAUUUUUUAAGAAUAGCUAUAAUGGCGUUCUCAACAAAAAAUCGCUGAAAUAACAAAACAUAAUUAUAUGAUUUUUAAGUGAUUCAUUCAAAGUGACCUUUAAGAAAUCUCAGCAGUUAUUUAAGGCGAUAAAAUUUCGUCAUAUUAAAUUUUAAAGGCCGAAAUAUCCAUGAUUAUUAAUUAUUUUUACGUUUUUCUUUCAACUGCGAGAACUAAUCACUAACUAGACGUGAAUUUAAAUUCUUUACUUGCCAAUACUUGUUUAGUUACCCAGAUUAAAGGUGAAACAAAAUGUAUGAAAAUGGACCUUGAGGUAUCGCCUUAAGACUUUUUUAUGUGCACCGUUUAUGCAGUAAGGCGGACAUUUUACUGGUGAAUAAACUUCUGUGAUAUGGUAUUAGAGUGGAUAUUUUUAUAUUUUCGAUAAAAAGCUAAAUGAAUGAGUAAUAAGUGGGAGAAAAUUACUCGAAUACUGAAUAAGUUCAUUAAACAAAUAUAUCAUUGGUAACUUACUAGCACAUUGUGAUAUCAAAUAAAUUUAACGGACUUCAAAAAUUAGGUUUUCAAUUCGACUCCAUUUUUUGUUUACUAAAGUCGUUCAUUGUCGUAUUUGCUAUAGUUUUUCUAUCAGGCGCCAGUGUGACACUAAUGUGUGUACCUUAAUGUAAUAUGAACCGUAUAUUAUACGUAACACAGUAUAAAAUUGAAAUGCUAUUUAAGUAUUUACCUUGACACAGUAGUGUUUCUUCAUCUUCGGUGACCCAUGUCUUUUCUUCUCAUUAGCCUACGGAAUAUCAUUGACCCGUGAAGAAUCUUGUUUCCGGUCUCCGGACGUCACUUCCUAUUUGCUUGAUGAUUGAUUUUUUUGUUUCGGCACGGAAAAGUGGGUUUAUCGCUUUGUGUCAAGCUCAGUAUGGUUAAUGUAGUUGAAAUAAUGUCUAAGCAUUUGUCCGGAGUAUGGAAAUGUUCCCAGUAAAUGGCAAUGAAUGAUGGAUAUAUUAAGACUUAGCGGACUGAAGGUAGGCAUGAUACUAUGUCUAGCUAUACCAAAUACGCGGGAAAAAAUCAUCGUAACUAAUUACUGACAUCGGUUAAUUUUGUGUAUAGUUAGUUUUGGUACCUACACGUCCGAUAUAUUCCCAACAGUAUUUUUGUAUUACAUGUCCUAGAACCGAAAGGCACUGGUAUGAUUAGGCACAAAGAUAUUUGUUUUUGGUAUUUCGUUAUUGUGUUUGAUUGAUGUAGGUACUUAAAAAUGUCACCUUACAAAGAACAUUGUGGUAAAUAUAACGUUCCUUUCAUUUAUUACAAAAAAUAUUUCAAGGCAAGUAAAUGUACUAUAAUUAAAUAAUGAAAUAAAUGCAUGUGGAUGUAAGCUCGGUAAUGUCGGUAAGCAGUGACGCAACUAGUGCAUAGUUGCCUGCCUUUCCUUCGGGGAUAAAGGCGUGAUCUUAUGUAUCCUCGGGUAUAAUGCGUAAACUGUUAUAUUAAUUACAUUCAAGAAUAGAAGUGUCUUGUAGUUUCUAAAGCCCGUGGCAAAAUUAUUUUUCCUUUUAAAUACUCCAUUGGUCUUAAUUUUAAUAUUUGCUCCGAUCUAGAGAAUAAAUUAAUUAAGAUAAGUUAUAUGUAAGCCUGUCAAAAGAAUCUGAUUGGUCCAUUUCGGAGUAAAUACAAAAAAGUGAUUGCGCUAAUUUAUUGGAAACGUCGGAUUGAAAACCCAAAAAUAGAUUGCUGUAUGAAAUAAAUCUACAGCACAAUCUGAUUAAACGUUACGACCUCUUCAAUCUAUAAAGUUUAUAAAAUAUCGAAUUAAUAAUCUCGUCCAAUGGUUAUACAUGUUUAAGAAUAGUUAGAAUAUUUAUGGCUAGACGGCCCUUUAUAAUAACACAUGGUUGAUAUGUGCCAUAAUGUUAAAUAUUUUUUUUUGUUUUAUGAUCAUGCUUCUUAUUCUGGUCACAAAAUCCAGAAUUAGGAUUUAUACGUUCAAUUUGUUCGUUGUGCUGAUCUAGGAUGCGAAUAUUUUUAAUUUAUGCUCUAGAUAUGAAGAAACUUAAGAGCUAAAGGCAAGCCAAUAUAUUUCGUAAGCAUUUGUGACAUUUAGUUUCACUGAAAUGUAAAUUUUGUUUCAACUCUAAUACAAUUUAAGGAAAUUAAUACUUAUAUUCAGUUGUAAUUAAAAUAUUUAAUACA